CCACGACACAUCCCAACUCAUCAACACACCACAGUACCCCUCUUACAUCUAAUCAAUCACUUAUCACCCUCCUCAAACUACCUCAGCGCAACACCACGUGACAACACACCCCAACACCAACUACAACUACUCCCUCCCACGAAAGAAAGAAAGAACCCAAUAAAAAUGUCCCUCCAAACCCCCCGCAUCCUCCCCUCCCACCUCCACGCCUUCCACUCCUCAUCCACCUCCGGCCCCCGAUCCACCCAUACCGUUCGUAUCCUCGGCACCGUAACGGCUCUUCGUGGCGAUACCGCCUCAAUCACAUGUGGGAAUCAUGGCGAUGUUACCCUCAUUCUGAAACCGGAUUCGCAUUUGCAGAUGGGAAAGUUGGUCGAGAUUGUGGGCAAGGUGGCGGAUUUGGAGGGUGGGGGCGUUGGAAUUCGUGUCCUGGGUUCGAUGGAUUGGGGUAAUCCGGCUGAUUGUGAUUACAAAAUCUACGAACAGGUCGUGAAUGCUACGCAUCGGCUUAAGCCUAUCUUUUACGAUGAAUGAGGUACCCUUUUUUCGGUGGGUUGAUUGUGAUUGUGAUUGGGGGGGAUAAAAUGGGCUUUUGGUGGUUUGUGGUUGAGGAUAUUAUCUUGCGAGCUAGGUAGGUAGCCAGGGAAUGCGAAAUGUUCUCGGGUUGCUGUGCUGUGCUUGUUUUAUGGGAUCUGGCCUGAGAUGUCUGCAGAUGGGUAUUGUUGUCUGGACUGUAUUCCUGGUAGAGGAAGGGGCAGGACAUGGUUCGGUGCAGGAGAGUGGAUUGACUAGAUGAUGAGAUGUUCGGGCGUUUGGGCUAUUAAUUAUAUUAUCUGAAUAUUAUUUUAUUUGACUAGAU